AUGAGGCAGUAUCGCGACAACCAGCCAGACCCAGGAGAAACAUCUGCAACUCCGCAGCGACCGCCCCUUUUCGUCGCCCAGUUACCACCUAGCAGUCAUGGCCGAAGGAAGAUCCAGAGGGUGCUGAUUGCGAACAGAGGCGAAAUUGCAUGUCGAAUCAUCACGACAUGCAGGAAACUCGAUCUAACCUCGAUCGCCAUCUAUGCAGAGGAAGACUCAUCUUCACGCCAUGUGGCCGAGGCAGAUGAAGCAGUCAAUCUGGGAAGCAUCAGUCAGGCCGGCGGAAACCCAUUCUUAAACGUCCAACUUCUGGUAGAGGUUGCUCGAUCGAGGGGCGCUGAUGCCAUACAUCCGGGCUAUGGCUAUCUCAGCGAGAACAAAGAUUUCGCGGAUGCUGUACGUCAAGCGGGGUUGAUCUUUAUUGGACCAAGCUCUCAGGCCAUGUCGACGCUAGGUGACAAGCGGAACUCGAAGGACUACUUGAGGGAACAUGCGCCAAGUGUUCCGCUGAUUCCAGGAUUCACCGGGUCGAGUCAAAAUGUCGAGGAGUUGGAAUCUGCAGCAGAAAAUGUAGGGUUUCCGGUGAUGCUCAAAGCGUCUGCGGGAGGUGGAGGUCGCGGGAUGCGGAUUGUUCGAGAGCGCUCGCAACUUGCGGGCGAGCUUGCUCGCGCUCAAUCAGAGGCUCAACGCUCUUUUGGGUCCAGCGAUUGUAUUUUGGAGAAAUACAUUGAAGCGGCCAAACACGUCGAAGUCCAAAUCAUUGGCGAUAGCCAUGGCAAAGUCCUCUCAUUGUGGGAGAGAGAGUGCUCUGUUCAGCGACGACACCAGAAGAUUAUCGAGGAGACACCUUCGCCCUUUUUGACUCAGGAACAGCGGCAGAGAAUGUGCGCAGUGGCUGUUCAGAUCGGCGAGCUCAUUGGCUACGAGGGUGCUGGAACUGUCGAGUUCGUCGUGGACGCCAGGGACGGGAGUUUCUAUUUCCUCGAAGUUAACACACGCCUACAGGUCGAGCAUCCCAUCACAGAAGAAGUCACAGGCCUCGACAUUGUCUCAUUGCAAUUGUUUGUGGCUGCUGGCGGAUCACUCGCUAGUCUCGCCAUCCUACGGAACAUUCCACAAAAAGGCCAUGCUAUCGAGUGUCGUCUCUGCGCCGAAGACCCAAGCGGCGACUUUAUGCCACAGAAUGGCACCAUUCAAUUGUGGCGCGAAUCAGACCAGUAUCAAACGUCAAGAGAUGUACGAUACGAGACGUCCGUACAAACUGGAUCCAGCAUAUCCAUCUACUUUGAUUCGAUGAUUGCAAAAAUUGUCGUGUGGGCGCCAACGAGGUCACUGGCCAUCUCGAAAAUGGUCAAGGUUCUCGCAAAUACCGUGUGCGCAGGAGUGAAAACCAACCAACUUUUCCUUCAGUCCUGCCUCGUACACCACAGCUUUCACGAUCCGGCAUAUACGACCUCGCUGAUUCCGACGCAUUUGCAAAGUCUGCUGAAGAAUCCCUACACCGACUCUGCGCAGGACAUGAUAUCUAUGCUUUCGCUUGUCCCGGGCCUCGUGCUGAGAGAUGGAGCAUCUCCAUCCAGUGAUGCCAGGCCUUUCAAGCAUGUCACUCGCGGGUUCCGGAAUCAACACUUUGAUCCCGUCAAUCGCAGCACCAGUAUAAUUGUUCCUUCCGAGCCGUCAUCCGCUCAGACACCGAUUCUGUUAGUUUGGGGGUCCCAGUCUCGGGGCGAAGGCCACUCGAAAUACCAGGUCACGGUAGUCCCCAUUCCCACGGGUGCAGACGACAGUGCUUCCGACGCUGGAAGCCGGAACAAUACAGAGGCCUAUCAGAUGUCUCGGCAGUAUCACGCCAUCAGCCACAAGCUGCGGGAUCCAUCGCUCGCCAAAGCUCCGCAGUACACGGUGGAAUUUACCCAGUGGAAAGACAUACAAGAUCCUAGUGGCGACAAUGGAUGGAGAAAAGCCUCAGUGGCCGUCUCCAUCGACCAGUCCGUCAUCCACGCCCACAUCGCGACAGAUACACCGUCCAACCCCGCGUCGUCUACCAGCUCCUAUCAGACUGUCUUGUGCCACUUCCGCGGUCUGGGGACUUGGGUCGAAUACAAAUGCUACAGCGUGCUCAACUACAUGGAGAGUCAGCGACAAGGCGGGGCUGGCGGGGCUUCGGCGUCCUCGAAUUCCAAGGUGGUUAAGUCUCCCAUGCCGUGCAAGGUCCUCUCGGUGCUCAAGGCCAACGGGGACCAGGUGAAGGCGGGCGAGGUCGUCAUGGUGAUUGAGAGCAUGAAGAUGGAGACUAAUAUUUCCAUCAACGUGGACGGCAAGUUCAUGACGGGCGUCAAGAACGGGGAUGCCGUCAAUGACGGGGCUGUGCUGUGCUGGGUUGAAUAG